AUGGUUUCAAGAACAAAACCAGACCUUUUGUCGAACUUACCUGAUUGCCUUUUGGUUCUAAUCAUCUCUUUCUUGCCUUUCAAACAAUCUGUACAAACGAGUGUUCUUGCUAAGCGAUGGAGGAAUCUUUGUCGUGAAACAACAAACCUCGUAUUCAAAGAGUCUGAAUUCAUCAACCAAUCUGUGGUCGAUAUAGAGACCAAGAAGUCUGAGAGAGCUUUGUUUGCGGGCGUUAUGCAUGAAUGGAUCUCGAGGUUUACUGGUAAAACCAUCGAAAAUUUUGAACUUUGUCUACCUGAACCAGUGGGUUUCGAGGCAGAUAUUAUAUCUUUAAUCGAGUUUGCUGCCUCCAAACAAACCAAAAAUCUAGUUCUUGAUUUGUCAAGCCCUAAUUCGAGAGAACCUGGUGCUAUACAUAUAAUAAUGCUCGUGAAAUUUCAAAACAAUAUAUUGGAUAUCACUCGUCUUUUUUUCAAUCUUAUAUAUGUUAGGAACUUGACGAUCUGCCCAUUUCUUCUUGAGAUGAUCCAAGACUGUGACGAUCUUAUGGAAUUGCACGAACCGAUGAAAACACAACAUUUAGUGAUUAAGACACAUAUGUACCCACAUGAGUUCGCUGGAAUGACUAUAUUUCUCAAUAGCUGUCCGGAACUGGAAUCUCUCACGUUCGAUACGGAUACUACUGGGCCUAUCGUGAGACGUUCGCCGCCAAUAGAUCCAAAAACGUUUUGGCUCAACAACAAAACCUAUGAGUGUUUGGAAAGGACACUUAAGGUUGUGAAAGUAAAAAACUUUCGUAGCAAGUCGAACGAGUUACAUGUGUUGCAGUACCUGAUCCGAACCGGACGUGUGAUGGAACAGCUUGACCUUUAUGAGGCUAAGGGACUGAACGAUGAUAAAAGGAUGUUGGUACUGGCUGCAGCCGAGGAGAUGCAGCAGAUUGUGAAGAAAUGUUCUAGGCAUGUGCGAGUUACUCUACACAAUGCUUGAUCAAUGAAGCAUUUUCUAGAUCUUCGAGUGGAAACUGGAACUUGAUAUUUGCUAGUUAUAUCUUCUUAAUUAAAUAUUAAGGGUGGAUGUUCCCCUUGUUUGCUUAGUUUGAGGUUUAUUUGUUGUACUUGUUUGGUUUGGUUUGGUUUAA